ACCACUGGGACCCCGCGCUGACAGAAAGUUCGUGAUGGGUUCGAAAUCACGACGUCGGUCUCGCUCCAAGUCCAGAAGUCGGAGCCGAGAUCGACGGAACAAGUCCAGAGUGAACAGGUCUCGAUCUCCAGAGGAAAGGAGAGGCCGCAGUCGGUCUGCGGACACGAAGAGGACCGCCCGUAGCCGGGGAAGAUCAGGCAGCUGCAGGUCGAGUGAUGGCUCCCCUGUCCGACAUCGGCCUCAACAUGGGCACCGAUCUUCAGGUUCCAGCAGCGGCUCGGAGAGCGACAGAAGACCCGGGAGAGCGGCACACCGGGAGAGGAACAAGUCGAGUCCUGAUUCAGAUAAUACCAAAAUGAGAAGGAGGAGAAAAGAAAUGGGUACUCGUAAAGGCUCAUCUCGAGAGAGGACAAGGGGAAGGUCCCAGUCCAGCUCUGACUCCCGCGGUGGAAGCAGCGACAGAGAGAGAAGGACGAGAAGAAGUCCUGACGGAGGGAGUCCAGUCAGAGACAAACAGAGCAGGGACAGAGAGAGGAGGAAGAGCAGCAGCAGAGACCGGGAAAGAAAAGACGAUCGGGACAAAAGCCGAGAGCGAAAGAAGAGGAGUGAAGAAAAGGAGCGUGGGAGGAGUGAGAGGAGUGAGAGGAGCAGAGAGAGGGCUGACAGAGGUCGAGGGAGGCCGCGCUCCAGUUCACCGGAGUCAUCAGACAGCUCGGGCUCUGAACACGGGCGCAGCGCACUCAAAGACAAGGAGGAGAGGAAGAAACAGAAGGAGAUGUUGAAAGCUCUGGAGACUCCCGAAGAGAAGAGAGCCAGGAGAUUGGCAAAGAAGGAAGCGAAGGAGAAGAAAAGGAGAGAAAAGAUGGGUUGGAGUGAGGAAUACAUGGGAUACACCAAUGCAGACAACCCCUUUGGUGACAACAACUUAUUGGGCACAUUCAAAUGGCAGAAGGCGCUGGACAGGAAAGGUAUCGGACAUCUCGGAGAAAAGGAGCUUAAAGAAAGGAACAAACGUAUCCAGGAGGAGAACCGCAGAGAGCUUCAGAAGGUGAAACAGCUGCGCCUGGAGCGGGAGCGAGAGAAGGCCAUGAGAGAGAUGGAGCUGGAAAUGCUGCAGAGGGAGAAAGAGGCAGAGCAUUUCAAGACCUGGGCUGAACAGGAAGACAACUUCCAUCUGCACCAGGCCAAACUGAGAUCUAAGAUUAGAAUUCGCGACGGUCGUGCCAAACCCAUCGACCUUCUGGCGAAGUACAUCAGUGCAGAAGAUGACGAUCUUGCUGUGGAGAUGCAUGAACCCUACACGUUCCUCAACGGGCUGACCGUCACCGACAUGGACGACCUGCUGGAGGACAUAAAGGUGUACAUGGAGUUAGAGCAAGGGAAGAACGUGGACUUCUGGAGAGACAUGACGACCAUAACCGAGGACGAGAUCAGCAAACUGAGGAAACUGGAGGCCUCCGGAAAAGGACCAGGCGAUCGUCGUGAUGGCAUCAACACCGCUGUGAGUACGGACGUUCAGACAGUGUUUAAAGGAAAGACGUACAGCCAGCUGCAAGCGCUGCACCUGAACAUUGAGACAAAGAUCCGCGCGGGAGGAUCCAAUCUCGAUAUCGGCUACUGGGAGAGUCUGUUACAGCAAGUCAGAGUCUACAUGGCCAGAGCCAGGUUGAGAGAGCGUCACCAGGAUGUGCUGCGUCAGAAGCUGUUCAAGCUGAAACAGGAACAAGGAGUGGAGAGUGAACCAUUGUUCCCCAUUAUCAAAGAGGAGCCAAGAGAUGAGGAAGACGAGGGGAGAACAGGAGAACCAGGCCCGUCCUCGUCCUCCACAAGGAACAGAAACCGAGAAGCGGAGGACGACGACCGAGCCGGCCCGUCCACAUCCGCGGCGGGAAGGCAAGAGGACGACGACGGGGAGAAGGGCGACGGGAAGGACGAAGAGGAGAAGGGCGAGGCGGUGGAGGCCGUGCUCACCGAGGAGGACCUCAUCCAGCAGAGCCAAGCCGAGUACGACUCGGGCCGCUACAGCCCCUCGCUGCUCACGCAGUCCGAGCUGCCGCUGGACACGCACACCAUCACCCCAGAAGAAGACAUACACAGACUGCAGCUGGCACGCAGGCAGCUACAAGUCACUGGUGACGCCAGCGAAAGCGCGGAGGACGCCUUCGUACGCCGCGCCAGAGAAGGCAUGGGCAACGACGAGGCUCAGUUCAGCGUGGAGAUCCCCGUCACCGGGAAGAUGUACCUGUGGGCCGACAAGUACCGCCCCAGGAAGCCGCGCUUCUUCAACAGGGUCCACACGGGCUUCGAGUGGAACAAGUACAACCAGACGCAUUACGACUUCGACAACCCUCCGCCCAAGAUCGUCCAGGGCUACAAGUUCAACAUCUUCUACCCGGACCUGAUCGACAAGCGCUCCACCCCUCAGUACUUCCUCGAGCCCAGUCCAGACAACAAGGACUUCGGGAUUUUGAGGUUCCACGCGGGCCCGCCGUACGAGGACAUUGCGUUUAAGAUCGUCAACAGGGAGUGGGAGUACUCGCACCGGCACGGCUUCCGCUGUCAGUUCGCCAACGGGAUCUUCCAGCUGUGGUUCCACUUCAAGAGGUACCGCUACAGGAGAUAAAGGCGCCGUGCAAGCAAGGACCGAGGACCAAGACCCACCCGAGUGGUUUUUUAUUAAGGCUUUACAGUCAGUGUGUUUUGUUGUAUUGUUUUGGAUUCAAAUAAGACAAAUCGCUCUGUUCUAUGUCAAUUGUAAUGCAGUUGAAAAAUUACACAUUAAACAUUUUCUUCCCCUUUUUCCAAA